AUGCGCCACCACAACCACCUCACCCCCAAAAUCCUCACCACUAUCACCCUCCUAACCCUAUCAUCAACAGCAACCGCCGCCUCCACCAUCGCCAACAUCCACCCUGUCUUCCACAAUACCUGCCCUCCCUCCCCACCACCACCACCACCAGCAGUUCUCUUAUCCCCCCGCGCCCACCAACACAUCCCCCUCCAACUCCACGAAGGAACAUGCCACCCAAUCCCCAUAACAUCCACGCAUGUAUCCUUCGACACGCAGAUCGAGCAGUUUGUAUCUCCUGCUCCUAAUGGAGAGGAUACCAACAAGGAUAUCGAAGAAGGAGGGGGAAUACCCCAACACUGCAACGUGACCAUGCAUGAACAGCCCGGGUGCGUGGAUGAGCCGUUCCUGGCGCAAAGUGUCCAUGCGGGGGAGUUUGGUCGGUGGGUGGGGAGUGAGUGUGCUGGACAUCAUUAUCCGAGGACAAGAAUGAGGUAUCCGAUUGUGAGGGGGAGGGAUUCUCGGAGUGGAGGGGAUGGAGUUGGGAAUGGGAAUGGGAAUGUGUGGGUGUUGUUGGAGUGUGCGGAUGCUUCUGCUUCUCCUUCUGGGGCUGAUGUUCAUGGUGUCGAUCAGGUUGGAGGUGGGGAUGGUGAUGGUGCGCAGCAGCAGGAUAAUAAGGAAGAGGAUAAAGUGGGAGGUGUUACGCAUGGGGGUAUGGUUAGCGCUACGUCUGCAGCGGGUGCGAAUGGGACUGCAGGUGCAGGGAAUAGCACGUUGUCUGGUUCUUCUUCGUUGCAUGCUGCGAUGAGUAACAGCACGGGAGUCAACAGCACGUCUAGUUCUUUGGUGCAUGCUCCGCUGAAUCAGACGGAGUCGUGGAGGUUGAUGCCUCGGAGGAAGAGGGGGAGGUUCUCGAUUUACUGA